AUGCUUCAUCAAAAUAUCUUAUUAAAAUAUAUUACUGCAAUAGGUAUCAGAAAAAAUGAGAUUGUUGAGCUUGUGUUAAAUUCUUUAAUUAGCAGCAAUAGUAUUAAUGAAACCUUGUUAGAAAAAGAAUUGCAAAAACUUGAUGGUGAACCCAAUAAAGAUAAAAUCAAAGAAAUCUUUAAUCAUGUAUUUGAAAGUCUCAAUAAAGAGAUAGUUAAAAAGCAAGAAGGCUAUGAAUUCGAAGGUAUUGUAGGUACAACUGCUACAAUUGCUUUAAUCUUCAAUAAAACUACAUACGUAGUACACCGAGGGGACUCUCCUGCUUAUGUUGGUUACAAAAAAGUAGAGGAUCCUCACGUUUUCCGCAAUAGCAUUCGUGAUAGACCAAAAUAUUGGCUUGAUAAUAACACUGGUAGAGAGAAAUUAUUAGAAGAUAUUCUAGGUUUGGAAGUGUGGAAAGUUUUCUCGGAAAUUCUGUUAAGAGAUUUAGGGGAGAUAACAAAAGAUGCUUGUUUUUUAAUGGGAAAAAAACAGCAAUUCUUUCGUGAUGAGGAGGAAGAUGAUACAAAUUUAUAG